AUGGCCUGGAAUUUGACCAAAAAACUCAAGGAGACGACUCUGUCGUCGUUUGGAGGACGGUCUUCGUCUCAGACAGUGACAAACCUGCCCACAGUGUCUACUAAGCCACAAGCACAAACAAAGGCGCCGCCGCCCAAGAAGAAGCAGCCCGAGGGACCGAAGCAGCCUGAUGGACCCCCUACACCCACCCUCAAGUCUGGGUUUGCAAACAAGCUGACUACGUCUCUGUCCCACAACUCGACCAAAAGCCACAAAAGCCAGACCACCGUGCAAACCGUGCAGUCUAAUCACACAUCACUGAAGGAUAUCACCGCCGCCGUUGCCACCCCCGUGAGCACCCAUGCCAGUACCCAUACCCAGACCAGUGUUGAUGCCGACUCGGCCACGGCCGCAACCACUGCCACCGCAGCCACAACGCACAGCACUGAGGACCUCAAGCCCGUAACGUCCAUUUCCAAGCCUCAUUCGCCACAUUCGCCCUCCGUGCCCGCUGCAGGCGUGCUGGAUGUGUCCAUUUUUGGAACUGAGGGCCUGUCACUGCCUGACGCUUACAAAAAAUAUUCUGCAUACUUUGAGGAGCAAGACAAUGGGGGACCGCCUCCAGUCUAUCUCGUUUUGGAGUUCGAUAAGACCCAAUUGCUGCUCGAGCCGACGGGUGGCACCGCUCUGGACUGCCCCAUUUGGAAUGCCCGGUCUUCGUUUGACGUCUCCCGUACAGACGAGGGUCUCACGAUCAAUAUCUACGCCAAGCUUCCAACCACGCUAAUCCAGAAUGAAAUCCACCCUCUCCUGGGCCGUAGCAGCGCUUUGGGAGACGAAAAGUCGACCAACACGGUGCUUGACGUCUUCCUCGGCUGCGUGCGAGUGCGCCCCGCGCUGACACAUGCCAACCGGUCUGUGGACGGCUGGUGUUCGGUGUCAUCUGGCACGGGAAGACUCAAAAUCACCGUGGAUUACAAACCUACACCGAAGUCUCAGUCGCAGCUGUCAAUGCAGUCGUUUGAGCUGCUUAAGGUUUUGGGAAAGGGCACCUUUGGAAAGGUAAUGAUGGUGAAGAAAAAAGACACGCAUCAAAUCUAUGCUAUCAAGUCUAUUUACAAACACUAUAUCAUUUCCACGGACGAGGUUGCUCACACACUGGCCGAGCGGACCGUCUUGGCCCAGAUUCGCAACCCCUUUAUUGUUCCGUUGAAGUUUUCGUUCCAGAGUCCGGAGAAACUCUAUCUUGGGCUGGCAUUUGUGAAUGGAGGCGAGCUCUUCUACCACUUGCAAAGAGAACGCUUCUUUGACCUCAAUCGAGCACGUUUCUACACCGCAGAGCUACUCUGUGCUCUUGAGUGUCUACAUGACUACAACAUUGUGUACCGGGAUCUGAAGCCGGAGAACAUUCUGUUGGAUUACAUGGGACACAUUGUUCUUUGUGAUUUUGGUCUGUGCAAGCUCAACAUGACGUCUGACGAGAGAACUAACACCCGCUGCGGCACGCCUGAGUACAUGAGUCCCGAGAUUCUUCUGAACAAGGGAUACAACAAGUCCGUGGACUGGUGGACUCUUGGUGUUUUACUGUACGAAAUGUUAACCGGACUCCCGCCAUUCUAUUCCGACAAUCACAAUAAGAUGUAUCAGCGGAUCCUGAAUGACCCGCUAAGGUUUCCUCAGGGUAUGGAUCCCACGGCGGUGGAUAUUAUUACAGGGCUGCUUCAGCGAGAACCUUCUGAGCGUUUGGGGGCCGGGGGUGCCCAGGAAAUCAAGGCCCACCCCUUUUUCAAGGACAUUGAUUGGAAUAGGCUUCUUGCGAAGAAGUACUCGGCGCCCUUUAAGCCCAGGGUUCUUGAUCCUACUGAUACGAGCAACUUUGAUCGCGAUUACACGAGUAUGGUUCCUCAGGAUAGUGUUACCAAUGACUAUCUAUCGGACAGCGUGCAGAAGCAGUUUGGCGGCUGGACUUAUCUGGACCAAAACGUGUUGCAUUAA